CCAUGUUAUUUCCAUUGGUAGAAUCCUGUCUUCCUGAGGAGCUCUUGCGGAUAUGGCAGCGUUCGUAUUCGGCAGAUACAGCGGCAGCGAAAUCUCAAGACAAAGUGAAGAAGAUUAUGGAUUUUAUAAGGAAUGAAGUUGAGAAUGAAGAGAAAGUUUCAAUGGCGAAGUCAGGAGUAAGAUCUGCCAGGGCGAAGGAACAGAAGAAGAUGAUGACGACGGAAAUCAACAAAGCAACUCCAUAUACAGCUUCUGAACUCGUGACCACAAAUAACGAAGUUGUUUCUUGUAUUUUUUGCGGACGUUCAGAGCAUAAGAGUUUUGAAUGUUCGAAUUCACAAGGUAUUAGGGAUCCAGUUGAAUCAAAAUCUAGAGAAGAGAUGGAGCAAGCAGCAUUGAGGCAUUUUAAAGAAACUGUAGCAGUUGAAUCUGAUGGUAGAUAUGUUGUUCAUCUUCCAUGGAUCGAUGGACAUCCACCGCUUCCAUCAAAUUACAAAUUGGCUGUUCGUAGACUCAAUUUUACAAUUACUCACAUGGAAAGAGAAAAUUGGUUGGGAUGAUGAGUUGGAUGGAUCAAUCAAGAGUGAAUUUCUGAAGUGGUUCGAAGGAAUAUCAUAUUUGUCUUCAAUAAGAAUCCCUCGAU